AUGGGCUUGGAGACCGACCUCAGCAACUCUGACAAGAUGGUGUUGUCCAACAUAGUCGAAGACCUUGGCAAAGGCGCAUACCCAGCCAUUUCGGAAGUUUUGGAAGACAUGGUACAGGCAACUGUACAGCAGAGCAACCACGGAGUCAUGAUUCCGUCCGCCACGCCCAUCAGCGACCAUGCUCUAUUUGUCCCACCUUAUGAUAACGGCAUGAAAUAUAUCACAGCCGGCGUCGAUAAACUACAAGUCCAGUACGAAUUACUGAGUGAAAGAUUGUCGUUAUUCGAAAAGAAGCUCAGCACUGCCGAGAAGAAACGCAAGAAGCUGGUCAGGGUCUCCAGCGCCAUAGAGCGGAAUAUCGAGGCCAGCAAGGCUGAAGUCCAAUCACUGGACAUCAAGGUUCUUUGCGGAGGGAUUAAGGACCGGGAUUUGGAGCUUUUACUUGAGAUGGAAACUUCGGAGCUUUGGGGCGCCAAGACCAGGAGAAAUAUGCAGAUGAAGAAGAUCGACAAGAAACUGAAUGAAAUCGAUCGCUUCAUUGAGGCACACGAAGCAAUCGCAGCCGCGACGACGACAGGGUCAAAGACCUAA